CAAGAAGAAGAACAAAAACAAGAAGUAAAGGAAGAAGCUCGUGUACUUUUAAAAUGGCUUCCAACGCCUGGUCUGAAAAGAUACUGCACCUCCUCCGCCGAAUGAACAACUUUUAUUCAGCAGGUAAUCAGCCUUUAUGUCACACAUUCAGUUCUACAACAAGGAACUGUUUCUAUCGAGCUGUCUUCGCAGGUUCCAGUCGGUCCAGCUGCUGCAGGUUUGAGAUAGACGGAGCCCAGGUUGGCUGGAUUCCUCCUCAUGUAUCCGCACUGCUCACACGACACGCAGAUGUGUUUCUUCCGUCACAAGAGGGCGCUGUUUCCCUUUGUCCCAGUCUUGACUGCUAUGAGAGGAGGUCAGAGGCCGUGAAUGAGGUUUUAGAGACCUUUAGAACGGAGAGCUCUCUGAAAUGCCUCAGAGGAUGGCGGGAUGAGAAGUACAACGUGAAGCCCAGAUUCUGUGAUGUGCCUUUGAUGUGGAUGGAAAGGGCAGCAACAAGUCUUUUUGGUGUCAAGAGGUAUGGAGUUCAUAUCAAUGGAUACACUGUCAGCGACAGCGGGGAAAUUCACUUGUGGCUAGCCCGAAGGUCCAUUACCAAGCAGACAUAUCCUGGCCUGCUGGACAACAUGGUGGCUGGAGGUCUGGCUGCUGGUGUUGGAAUCAAAUACACUCUGAUUAAAGAGUGCGAAGAGGAAGCAUGUAUCCCAGCAGACAUCACUAUGAAGGCCCAUCCAGUAUCAACAGAACUUCUUCACAGUUCAGUGAUGGAGCAGCAGCAGUAGGAGUGGUGUCCUGCCAGAGGAAACGACAUGCACAGACAAGGCAGCUGCAAGAAGAAGCCAUUAUCAACUGUAAGCGCUGUGGAUCACGGCAUAAAGUGAGACAAUGUCCUGCUUAUGGUAAGCAGUGUUUAAAUUGCUGUGGAAAGAAUCAUUUUGCAAAGCAAUGCUUUAUGAAGAGGAAAGAAGACAAGAAGAGGAAUUGUGUAAACUUAGUAGAUGAUACUGACCUAAGUGAUACAUUCUUUAUUGGUGUUGUGAGCUGUGAAAAUGAGUCAGAAAAAGUGCAGCGUGUUGACAGAGAUGAUAAAUGGAUAAUGCCUUUGUUGAUAAAUGGAACCAUGGUUAAGUUCAGAUUGGACACAGGUGCUAAAGCGAAUCUCAUAAGCAUGUCAGAUAUAAAAGAAAUGCAAGUAAAACCUCAUCUAAAAGAAGUAAAGUCUGGUCUAAGAGACUAUAAUGGACAAUCAAUCGAGUGCAUUGGAACAUGUCAGCUGAAUGUGACAGUUAAAGGAACAAAACAUUGUGUGUUCUUCUCAGUUGUAAAGGAAGAUCGUGAGUCACUUUUAGGUGAUAAAUCCUGUGAAGAACUUGGACUGGUGAAAAGAGUUUAUCACAUAAAUACUGAAUUGAAUGAAUCUAAUAACCCUGUGGAUGCAAUGCUUCAGGAUUAUGAGGAUGUCUUUAAAGGACUAGGUGCUGUACCCUGCACAUACAAGAUUCAGCUGAGAGAGGGCGCUCUGCCUGUUGUGCAUGCUGCUCGUCGCAUACCAGCACCACUGCGAGAGGGGUUGAAAAAUGAAUUGGACAGAAUGGCCAAGUUGGGAGUCAUUCAGAAGGUGGAAGAGCCUACAGAUUGGGUUAAUUCCAUAGUGGUUACAAAGAAGAAGAAUGGAGAAUUAAGAGUAUGCAUGGAUCCAAAAGAUUUAAAUGAGAACAUCAGGAGAGAACAUUAUCAAAUACCCACUCGAGAGGAAAUAAUCAGUGAGAUGGCUGGAGCAAGUUAUUUCACCAAGUUAGAUGCAUCACAAGGGUUCUGGCAAGUAAAGCUGGAUGAAAGCAGUACCAAGUAUUGUACCUUUAACACACCUUUCGGAAGAUACUGUUUUCUAAGACUUCCUUUUGGGAUAAAAUCGGCACCAGAGAUAUUCCAUAAAGCAAUGGAGCGGAUCAUAGAAGGCUUGGAAGGAGUGCGAGUCUACAUUGAUGACAUCAUUAUCUGGGGAUCAACAGCUCAAGAACACAAUGACAGAUUGAGACGCGUCAUGGAGCGCAUACGGAAAAAUGGAUUGAAGCUCAAUAAAAAUAAAUGUGAGUUUUGCGUCGAAGAAAUUAUGUUUCUCGGAGACAAACUAUCUGCCCAAGGUGUUCAACCAGAUAAAGAUAAAAUACAAGCCAUCUUGAAGAUGCCACCGCCUGUCGACAAAACGGGGGUUCUGCGCAUCAUGGGGAUGAUUAAUUUUAUAGGAAAAUUCAUUCCCAAUUUGAGUGCAAAAAUGACAAACAUUCGCAGACUCCUGUGCAACGAUAGUAAGUUCCAGUGGACAGAAGUUCAUGAACAAGAGUGGAAGGAACUAAAAAAAUAUCUGACUACGGAACCAGUGCUCACCUUCUACGAUCCAACUAAAAAAAUAAAACUGUCUACAGAUGCCUCAAAAGAUGGGCUUGGAGCAGUUCUUCUUCAGGCUGAGAAUGAACAUUGGAAGCCAGUGGCUUAUGCGUCCAGAGCCAUGACGAAAGCUGAAUGCAGAUAUGCUCAAAUAGAAAAAGAAUGUUUGGGGCUGGCUUAUGGACUAGAACGGUUUCAUAACUAUGUGUAUGGUCUGCCAUCUUUUUUAGUUGAAACUGAUCACCGACCCUUGGUUUCCAUCAUAAAAAAACAUCUGAACGGGAUGUCACCGAGGAUUCAGAGGCUUAUGAUGAAGAUGCUGAGGUAUGAAUUUACGCUGAUCUACACUCCAGGGAAGCAUCUGAUUCUUGCAGAUGCUCUGUCUAGAGCCCCUACAGACAAAAGUGUGAGUUCGACGGAAGAGGAUAUUCAGUGCCAUGUGAAUUUGGUGUCCACUGUGUUGCCUUUGUCAGAUGGCAAGUUACAGCAAAUAAUUGAAGCAACAGCUAAGGAUACAGAGUUACAGUUGGUCAUGCAGAAUAUGGAUGAAGGAUGGCCAAUAGGCUCAUGUUCCCAGUUCUUCAAAGUUAAAGCUGACCUAAGCGUGGUGAAUGGGCUGUUACUGAAAAACAACAGAAUUGUGAUUCCACAAGAGUUAAGACAGGACAUUCUACAGCGGAUUCAUGAGGGUCACCUAGGCAUUGAAAAAUGUAAAAGAAGAGCUAGGGAAUCAGUUUUUUGGCCUGGAUUGAACAAGGAUAUUGAGUUGUUAAUAAGUAAAUGUGACACAUGUCAGACAUUGAGAAACAAACAGUGCAAGGAACCUAUGAUAACAACUGACAUUCCAACAUCACCAUGGCUGAAAGUGGGAAUGGAUUUGUUUCAUUUUAAAGGUAAAGAUUAUUUAGUGAUCAUUGAUUACUAUUCAAAUUAUCCGGAGAUGGCUCUGUUAGCUAACAUGUCAUCAAAUUGUGUCAUAACUCAUUCUAAAUCAAUCUUUGCAAGGCAUGGGAUUCCACAUAUUGUGGUGAGUGACAAUGGACCAUGUUUUAGUAGUAGAGAAUGGCAAAAGUUUGUGGAACAGUAUGAUUUCAAGCAUGUAACAUCAAGUCCUCAUUAUGCUCAAUCGAAUGGAAAAGCGGAGAAAGGAGUUCAUAUUCUUAAGCAACUUCUGAAGAAAGCUGCAGAUAGUAACUCUGACCCGUAUUUAGCUUUAUUAAGCUACAGAUCAUCACCAUUGCAAUGUGGAUUUUCACCUGCUGAACUUUUGAUGAAUCGGAAGAUUCGUACAACUCUACCAUGUUAUGAAAGUAAAGAACAAGGUGCAAAGAAAUCGUCAAAGUUGGAGUACAAGUUACGAAAGCAGAAAGCAAAACAAAAGACAUAUUAUGACAGAUCAGCUAAGAUUCUACCCCCACUGUCAUACAAGGACCCAGUAAGGAUUCAGGAUGAUAAGGGAUGGAAUACUAAAGCAACUAUUCUGCAUGAAGUAGCUCCACGUUCAUUUGAAGUGAAAACUGAAGAUGGACAAGUUCUGAGACGAAAUCGUCGCAGUUUGUUGAAAACUCCAUUAGAUCCUGUUGAGGAGUCCAGUGAAGAUUCUAAGGACUCUCAGAUUGUUUCUACAACUGAAGAACAUUGUGACAUGGACAAUAUUAGGGACAAUCCACCUGUGCUAAGAAGAUCUACCAGAGUGGUGAAAAAACCUGAUAGACUUAACUUGUAAAAAAAAAAAAAAAAAAAAAAAAAAAAAAAGUUAAAAUGUCUGCAUAUUGUAAUUCAUGUUUUAAAUGAGUGUUAAUUAGGAUAGGUGAAAGUGAAGUAAGCUUCAUUAUAAUUAUGUGGUAUUAUGCUCUAUAGGUUUCAUACAAUGUCUGUUGUUAUUCUUUGACAUGAUUAUUUUUGUAACAUUCUUACUUUAAAGAAAGGAGGAUGUAAUGAUUGAAUGAAUUAUGUUUAGGUCCACUAGAUGGCGAUCAUGAGUUUAUGUGAAUGCAUAAAUGUAAAGAAUAGGACAACAGAAGCAGAGAGAGUCUUGAUGAUACACCUGUGAGAAACCUGUGUGAGAAGAUCCAUGAAAGGAGACUUGAAUAAAAGAAUCUGAGCAAGA